ACACAUACUAAACAAGGAAACAUUAUGAAUGAUGUUUAUUUGAAUGUUUGGUGAACGCGGAAUCACAAAAAGGCAUUAAUGCGCGCCUUCUUUAAGUUUUUGGACCUGUGUCGUUUGGAUAUCAUUUGGUUUUGUGGUCGAUGAAUACUCUGGCACGUUUCAAUGACCUUUGAUCUUAGUGUCCCUCUUGAAGGACAACAGCUGUUAUUUACACAGUCGUUCUUUGAUCUUCGUGAUGAAUGCUAUGCCUUGAUGGAUGUUAAAUGUGAGAGAAUUGCUGUCCAACUUUCUGAAGGAACUCCUCUGUGCGCAUACUCCAAAUUAUUCUCACAGUUCUGUCUAUGUUACGAAGAACUAAAGAAAUGGUUAUUAAGACUCCGUUCGUUGGCUGUCCAAAGAGAUCUGGUAUGUCUUAGCCGUUCUGAAACCUAUAUGAGUCAGAACUACUUUGGGUACAUCAAAAAUCGAGAUGUUGACCUCAGUCGUCUACGUUCUCUUGGCAACAAACUUUUGGAAAUGACCAUCAUGAGAUCUAAUCCUUUGGUCAUCCAGUCUGUCGAGUCGGCGAAGGUUUCUCAUGAUUUUGACGUCUAUAAUCGACUUCAAGAGAUUGAAAAUUUGUGGAAUGAUAUUACAACCGUAGUACUCCCAAUGAGCUUCCUUCAUGACCCAGCACGUACACUUAAAGAUGUCGAGUUGGAUCUGAAGGAGAUUGAAGCUAAGUUGCGCUCCAUCAAACGACAAACUUUUCACCUUCGAAAAGGGCUGAUUAACUCUGUUGGUGGACCAUGCGGUAUGAAUUCGGCUAUGGCGGCACUAAAGGCUGAACAUAUAUCUCUUAAAGGAGCUGUAUCAACACUUUCCGCUGCUAGCAAUCUGAUUUUACAACUUCAGGCAUCAGUUGUUCAAAAUAGAUUAUGUUCAAACUCAAAUGAGAACUUUGAUCCAUUCUUAUUUAAACUUACUGAAUAUACUGAUGAAUUAACAUACACAAGUUGUUCGUUGUGGAUUAUGCAUCUAGAACUACGUGAAUAUUGGAAAUUUGUAUCCAGACGUCGAAGCUCUUUUGAAAGCGGGUUAUCUGGUUCUAGUUUAGGCGUGCGAAAUUCUCGCUCACUAGUUGGAUUGGACCACUCAACAACCAGUGAUCAUCUGCUAAUCAAACCGUCAUCAAUGUCGUGUUCACUUUCAGCUGGUUUGUUUCCUUCACUGCCAUUUGCUGAUAUAUAUCAUUCUGUAUCCUAUCCGAGAUUAGGCUCAAAGCUAUGGAGGACACUUACGGAACAUCAAAAUAUUAAUUCAGAGAUUCACAUGCGUGAUUCAGCAUCCAGCAUUUACUCAUUAUGUUGUCCGGAAUCCGGAUUUGCAAGUGAUAAUGACUAUUUUCUGAAAUCACAGUUAUCGAAUAGAUUGGAUUCACCUUGUACUGGGCAAGUCGCUUUUGAAUCUCUCUGUAGAAAAUUGCAAAGUACGAAUUCCCCGUGUUCUUUAUAUGAUAAACGUCGUUCACAGUCUUCAGAAUGUUUAUGGAUUUGUAAUAUAGAUUCUAAUGAUUCAGAAGCGAUAAAUGACUCAUCCAUUGAGUUAUAUCAUGAGAAUUCUGAUCGAACACCGAUUAAAUCAGUCAUAUCUCGACUGGAGCAUAACGAGAACAAUGAUGACAGUAGAAAAACAGAACAUUAUAAGACUCCGUUGAGUCAGUUUCAUUGUAUGUUUGAUUUUAGUCUCAAACUAGGUUAUUUCGAUAAUUUAGAUCGGCGUAGUUUGAAAACUCGUGCAUCCAGCUAUCAUGAUCUUACUCCUUUUUGUUCACGCCUGCAUUCAAAUGAUUGUGAUAUUCAAGCAGAAUGCCCAUCGUUAGAACAACCUACUUCUAAGAGUGAAACUAACAUAUUCAAGAUGCCUGUUGCCACUUUACUACAUAGUCCUGUUAACAGCCGAAUUUCGAGACCGCCGAACUCUUCAUGUUCUAGCACAUAUCAUGCUGAAUCUCCCAACUCUAAGAAGUUCCGAAGAAAUUCACUUUCAUCCUUGAUAUUUUGUAUUGAUAAUCAUUCGAAUUCAGAGAUAAAUAAUCUAACUAAAACAGUAAAUGGUGAUCUUGAGGAUACUACCUUUUCAGAAUUAAUACUGUCAUCCACAGAAUUGGAGUCGAAUUCGUAUUCACUUGAUGCACAGAAGUCACCUGAUAUCACGUCACCAUACGUUACUGAGGAUAACCCUAAAAGUAGUGAUCAUGACGGCGAUUAUGCUGUUGAUACUAGAAUAGUGAAAAAUUCGUGUUUCAAUCUUACUGACAAUGAUAUGAAUCAUGGGACUGAUGACAAUCCUGAUAUAUCAGUUGAUGGACUAGAGUGGGAUGAUUUGGGUGAUAUACGUGGUAUAAAGCCUAGUUCCUUAGAUAGCUGUUGCACUUCAUCACCGUUCAAAAGCAGAGAAUCACUUGAAGGAUUAAAUGGAUCAGAAGUCAACACAAAAGUCUCAUCUGGUGUCCACUGUUCCUCACUAACACUUGCCGCUAAAGCGAUGGAAGCCUUGAUUGAACCACAGAUUCGACAUCGCAAUCAAGCGGUCAACCCAUGUCGAAAAUUAUAUGCAGAAGUAAAUUCUCGUCCUUCGGUGCAUACUGAAAUUUCUGAGAUGAACAUUAAUUUGUCUACUAGUUCAAAUAGCUACUGCUUUUCUCCAGUACCGGUCAAAUCCAAAGAGCGGAGUAUUAAAACUCACCUAUGUGAACCAAUGUACACUAAGAUAGAUUUCUCUGCUCUAAAUUCGUAUUUUUCUCCUGAUUCAGUUUCACCUGAACAUGAAACACAUCCAUACAACCGGAAUUCUUUAUGCUUUAGAACAAUAGAUACUUCUAGUAGUACACCUAAUAGCUCACCAAUGUGUGAAAGUGAUUUAUUCACGCUCCUUGCAUCAAUACGUUCGGAUGCUCUGCCACUUAUCGGACUAUUAUCACGUUUAGAAGAAAGUUCAGUAACUGGAUUACUGGAUUCAAAAUUUGUCAAAACAUAUGAAAGUCAAUGCUCAUCAAAAUUUGAAGAUGAACGUCGACAGUUGGAUAUUGAUAGAAGUUAUCUUCAGCAUUUUGAUAAGCGUCUUACUCAAUGGACGGAUACAGUUGAUAGAUUACGCUCUCAAAUAUUCAUAGAUUAUCCGUCACCUGAUGAAGCAAACUCUAAGACUCAAUUAAAAAGUUCUCUAUCUGUUGCUCUAGAUACAUUUAAUGAUUGGUUAUCGGCUCUAAAAGCAAGACAUACAAUAGCGUUUUGGAUUUUAGAUUGGCGUACGUCAGUGUUUGACCACUUGGCUGGUGAAAGUCACGACGCCAAUUUAUCAUUGUUGGCAAUGAAACAACGUGUGCACACGGCUAUUCAAAGGGCGCAUGAAACAAUCAAACUGUAUUUAGAGUCUUAUCAUAAGUUCACAUCAUCUGCUGUCGAUACUGACAAUGACAUUAAGGAUCGCUCAAAUGAAAUUCAUUCAUAUCUUCCCUUCUCUUCAACGCAAUCUUCUAGUCAAGUACUAAAUACUUUGGAAGAAUUACGUAAUUUGAAUGAAAACCUAUGGAAUAUUCAGUCGCACUUGGGUUCAUGCUACUUAUUCGAUGAUUUCUUGAAAUUUUCUUGUCAUUCCAACAUUUUCACACAACACUGUGACCAAAGUCUAUAUAGUGUGAACAGCGAAGCAUCGACAAUAAACAUACCAAAUUGUUCAAUUACCAAAUUAAUACAAUUAUCUUCUUCACUUCGUCAACAAAUUUUAAGUGCAAUUCGUGAUUUGGAAUCAGCAAUGAUGACGCAGCCUAAUUCAAUUAUACUGAAGACAAAAGAAGUGUCACUUACUGCUGGUAACCAGGAGUUAAUUUAUUCACAUGAUUCAUUCACUACACAGGAAGAUAUUAGAUCCAACGGUAUGUAUGUUAAUGGUCACGAUCCGUGUAUAGAUGACAAGUGUUUUCUUGCUGAGGCUAGUAAUUCAUGUUCGUAUUUUCCACUUAUCUCUUCACCUCCUUCAGAUAUUGAAUGUGAGAGUUCAUCAUAUUUUGUAGCCUGGAUUAGCAGAAAACCAUCCAUAAAAUACUUGUUAAUAGCUUUGUUUCUAUUUAUUAUAUUAUAUUUUGUUUUAUUCGAACAUUUCUUUGGAGACUGCUUCAGAGUUUUGCCUACCUUCUCUAGUCACCUGAAUUGUUAUGGUGAUGGUCCAAUAGUGGAGCUGAGUACAAAUCGUUUAGUCAAAUAUCUUCUCUGUUUUCAACUUCCUAAGCCUGAAAAUUUGUUUUGGUGAUUUUUAUUCCAUCUAUGAAGGUGAUCUGUUUAUGUAUAAGAUGAAGUCAAUUAUUUCCUUUGUAUAUUUUCUUCAAGAUACUCCUCACAUUGUCACUGUUCUGUUUCUUUCGGGGCUGUUUAAUUUUGUAAGAGGAUCACAUUAUUAUGUUGUGAUAAUUAAAGUGAUAAACUCACUGUUUUGUUUUGCAAUAAUUGUCUUGUUUUAUUAUAUGGGGGACAAGUACAUUUGUUUUAUGUGAAGAUACUUUGUACAGUUUAUACUUCUCUUUUUAACCUAAUCUUCACCUUGGAUAAAUAUAGUUUGGUGUAUUGCGGGAUAAAAGUUUGUCUUAAACUGACAGUACCUCUUUAGAUAAUUUUCUUGAGGUUGAUUAACCUUUGUUUUGCCGGCAAGUCCACUGUUUUGCAUUUGAUAGUACCUAUUAAUCACGAACAUUGGAAUACAAAAUUUAUACUACUAUGGUGGGUUACUGGUCAAUGAGCAUUUCAGCUAGUGUUAGUGGUAUCAUUUGAAUCCCAACUCUUUAACCACUCUUUCAGUAGCUUUACGUUAUUUGAUGAAUUUCUGUCAUAUUUUCGUACCAUUGUAACCUUAUUCUUUCGAUGCCCAAUCUGAAAGAGUAAACUAAGUGUUUCACCAUUCACCUCACCUAGCGAUAACAUAACGAUUGUUGGUUAUUCAAACUGCAAAACAUUAUUGUAUCAUAUAUGUCAUACACGAUUUCUCGUUUUCUGGAAAUGUCGAUGGUGAAAACAGUAUGCUUAACGGAAUUUCUGUAGUUAUAAAUCACUUUCAUCUUUAACAAGUCAGUAGUUGUCACUAAAUAUUUUGAGACAUUCAUUUUAGUCUCAAAACCCUUUCACAGAAAUGGGAUUGCUAGAUCGAAGCUUAUAUACCUCUUCCAAUCCCAUUACGUUUUCCAGUCAUUUUGUGUUGGUUUAUUUUAGGGUAAAGUUUCGGCAUUAGGCUUCGUACUGUUGUAGUGGGCGCUGCUGAUCACAAUGGUUAUAAGCAGUGUAUGUUGAGAGGGCGGCAGAAAUCAUAGGGAAUUACCAGUAAUGGGUGAAGAUUCUGCCUAGAGGAACGCAAGAGACAAUGUGGGCGUAUUAAGAGCAAAUCAAGCUAGAAGCAGAAGAAGAAAUGAAGCACAUUGUACAAAUGACUGUCUUAGUGGAAGGUGCACAAUAUUUGAUGACUACUGUACAAGAUGUCAAUAAUAAACAUUCCUUCCUUC